AUGAUACCAUCAAAUACUAUUUGUGUGUCUCAAGAAGGGCCAGCCAAUGCUCUAGCUUUAAAUAAAGAUUGUAGUCAAGUUGUGAUAGCAGGGCGAAAUGUAUUCAAAGUAUUCUCAAUUGGUGAAGAUGAAUUCUCGGAAGUUUGUAACUUGAGAGUGGGAAAGAAUUUGAAUCUAAACUUUUCGUCUAUUGAUGUUGCAUGGAGCACUAUUGAAGAAAACACUCUAGCAACAGCAGCAACAAAUGGUGCAGUAGUGGUAUGGAAUUUAGGCAGAUCCGGCCGCUCUAAACAGGAACAUGUAUUUUCUGACCAUAAAAGGACUGUUAAUAAAGUAAGCUUUCACCUGACAGAACCUGCUCUGCUAAUAUCAGGAUCGCAGGAUGGGAUGAUGAAAUGUUUUGAUCUGCGCAUGAAGGAAGUUGCCAGAACAUUUAUUAGCAACACAGAGUCCAUCCGGGACGUGCAGUUCAGCCCGCACCAGGCGCACGCAUUCGCGGCGGUGUCGGAGAACGGCACGGUGCAGCUGUGGGACGCGCGCCGCCACGAGCGCGCGCUGCACCAGUUCACGGCGCACUCGGGGCCCGUGUUCGCCUGCGACUGGCACCCGGACGUGCCCUGGCUAGCCACCGCCUCCAGGGAUAAGACCAUCAAGGUGUGGGAUAUCCACGCACGGCCGAAUUUGGAGCACACGAUUUAUACGAUAGCAUCCGUCGGACAUGUGAAAUGGCGUCCGCAGAAGAAAUUCCAGGUGGCGUCGUGUGCGCUGGUGCUGGACUGCGCCGUGCACGUGUGGGACGUGCGGCGCCCGCACGUGCCGCUGGCCACCUUUGCCGAGCACCGCGACGUCACCACCGCCAUCGCCUGGCAGGCCGAGCCGCACGCCUUUCUCUCCACCAGCCGGGACUGCUCGCUGUACCGGCACCGCUUCAGCGAGGCGGCGCACCCCGUGCUGUGGGCCAACCCGCAUGGCGUGGCGCUAUCGGCGCGCGGCGAGCUGGCGCACGCGCGGCCCACGCGCCCGCUGCCCGCGCUGCACCCCACCGCGCCCGACCGCUACGUGCCCGCGCUCGGUCGUAAACAGCCCACCGCUGGUUCACUGAGCGCGAGUGCACAAGCCACACUGGAGCGUGCGUUCGCUGGCGGCGCUGCGUCCGCGCUGUGGCGCCACACGCCCACACUGGCUUCCAGCGCGUCCAGCGCCGCCAGUGCCGCCAGCGCCAGCAGUGGCGCCAGCGCCACCAACGGGGCCAGCGCCACCAGCGACGCCAGCCCGCUGCCCGUGGUGCUGGCGUGCGCGCGCGAGUACCGCAUCCGCGGGCACGCGCCGCACGUGCUGGCCGAGCACAACGCGCGCGUCGCCAGGGAACACCAGCGGUAUAUGGGGAGUUCUAAACAUACUGUGUCGCACGUGUGGGAGGUAGUGCGCGCCGUGUACAGCGCGCGCGCCGCGCCCGCGCCCGCGCCGCCGCCGCCCGCGCCGCCGCCGCGCCGCGAUCCUGCGCCGCCGCCGCCCUACAGCGCGGUGGAGGAGGAGCCGAUAGAGGAGGUGGAGGAGUGGGAAAACCACGAGCACAAGAACAGCGGCGUGCUGGGCCUGCCCACGCACAGCAUCUACAUCCCGCCCGCGCGCCGCGCCGCGCGCGACGCCCCCGACGACGAGUGCGGCGGCUGGGUGUCGGCGGCGUCGGCGCACUACGUGGACGUGGAGGCGGCGGACUGGACGCUGCCCGACGAGGCCUUCCCGCUGCGCGCGCCGCCCGCGCCGCCCGCCCCGCUCGCGCCGCCCGCGCCGCCGCACGACGCGCCCGCACACGAGGGCGCAGGCUACGCGCGUGCGGGUGGCGCGGGGGGCGCGGCGGCGGGCGCGUCGUCGCCGGGCGGGUCAUCGGGCUCGGGCUCCAGCGCGGCGCCGCCCUCGCCCACGCUGCUGCGCCCCGGCAACGGCUCUACGGAGGCGGGCGGUGCGGGAGAGGCGGGAGAGGCGCUGUGCGUGCGCGAGGCGCGGCGCGGCGGCGCGCUGCGCGCGGGCCCGCUGCUGGCGGCGGCGCUGCGCCUGCACGCGGCGCUGGGCGACGUGCAGACCGCGGCCGUCGUCUGCCUCGCGCUGCAGGACCACCGUAACGAUCUUUUAUCAUACAUCGACGAGAGCAUGCAGGAGCAGUGGCUGCUCGGCUACAUCGAGCUGCUGCAGCGGCACAAGAUGUGGAACGAGGCCACCGAGGUGAUCCGGUGCGCGUGGGUGAACAGCGUGUGGAGCAUCUCGCAGCAGAGCACGGCGCUGACGGCGUGCUGCGGGCGCUGCGGGCGCCGCACGCGCGCGCGCGCCCCCUGCGACACGUGCGCGCCGCGCGCCCCGCCCGACCUGUGCGCCGUGUGCCACCGCGCCGUGCGCGGCCUGUACGCCUGGUGCCAGGGCUGCGCGCACGGCGGCCACCUGCUGCACAUGCGCGCCUGGGCCGCCGCGCACCGCCUGUGCCCCGCUGGCUGCGGACACGCCUGCCACCUCGGC